AUGUCCUCCUCCCAUCUUCCCCCCGACGCCCUCUCCGUGGUCAUCGACGCCUCCGAGUACGACACCCAGGGCUUCGGCGCGGGCUGGGAGACACGCCGGCACCGGCACGAGAGCGUGGCGAACCGGGCCAGCUUCGAGGCCCGCGCGGACUGGCUCCGACUCGUAGGCCCCACCGACGAGUUUGGCAGCUGCAACCCGCCCAACGGCAACUGGACCGCGUUGACGAUGCCGUUCUGCAGGCCCGAGCGGAUGUGGAUUGCGGCUUAUAUCGUCGAGUUUGCCUUUAUCCACGACACUGUUAUCGAGCGCCAGCUUCCCGAUGUCCAGUCCGAGAACCACCAAAUCACCGACGGCGGCGACGUCGCAUCCCCGCCGGCGAUUGUCGACCCGCAGCUCGGCAAGAAGAAGCUGCGCGCCAGGAUGACGCGGGAUCUGCUGGCCAUCGACCCCGUGCGCGGCAGGGAGUGCCUGGCCGAGUGGCAGAACAUGAUUGACCUGACGCACCGCGAGAAGACGACGAGCUUUGCGUCGGUGGAGGAGUACGUCGAGUUCCGGCUCGUGGACUGUGGUGCUCCCUGGAUGGCGUCUCUCAUGCUCUACGGUAUGGGCAUCACGCUUCCAGCCUCGGAGCGCGAGGAGCUCAAGCACGUAACCCGGCCGUUCUGCGCCGCGGCAGGGCUCCAGAAUGACUACUUCUCCUUUGUCCGCGAGUACGCUGACCAGAGAAGCGACGCGGCGGCAUCCACGCCCAUCAUGAUCAACCUCGUCGCGCUGCUCACCCAGUGGCGCGGGGUCGACAUCGCGACGGCGAAGCAGCUCACGCGGGAGGUUACGAUUGGGUACGAGCGCGAGUACGACCUGCGGUGCGCCGAGUACCGCGCGAGGAAGCACGCGCUGGGGCAGGAGGUGGCCGAGGAGGUUGCGCUGUACCUCCGGGGGGUGCGGUGCUUGCUGGCGGGCAACAUUGUGUGGAGCUCCAACUGCCCGCGCUAUCACGCCAAGAUGCGGUACGACCCAAAUGCCGGGCUGGAGGAUGCGCUGACUCUGGAGAAGCGGGGCGUGGACAUCUCUGUCAUCUGA